CAUCAGAUUGUCAAUUUGGAAAUUUAUCGCCAUUCAAUCAGCCUUAUCAGACCUCCAUUUGAUCUGUGUCCUCAGUACUCAACCUAAAGUAACUCGAUCAGUGGUGUCACUCAUCCGGGUUUGUAAUAGAAAAUGGAAGCCGAACUCAGGACUGUUCUGCCGAACAUCGACCCUGUGGUCUCGGAGUACUCGGCCGGUUACCUAAACCACGCCUCAACGGCCUGGUCCGGAGAAGAGGAGUCCUCCGGUGCUUCCCCGCUCUCGGAAGCUGCUUCUGCCAUUACAGAACUGCUGCUCUCGGCUUCUGGCAAUCCUGAUGCCGGUCUCCAAGAAAAGAUUCGGCUACUGGUUGAGAAAUGGGUCGGCAAAUAUACUGCUGCCAACGGGACCAGCGAGAGAAGGGGUCCCACCAUCAAGCGGCUUGACCAGACUAUUCAAGUCAGCACCCAGAGGAACAUGUCCUCGACCCUUGCUGUUGCCACAGGUGGCGUGGACCUGGAGUCUGCCAAUGCAAGGAAAGUCGAGUCUAAGGUAGACAAGAAAAAGCUGGAGAAGGCAGAGAGAAAGAUUGCCGCCAAACAGAACAAGAAGACCUUCAAGACUGUCGAGUAUGAGGCUUCGAGGUUGCUGAACCAGGCCGAAGACGCCCAGUCGUACGAAGAGUUCUACAUGGCAGUAAACCCUCUUCAGUUGGGUGCUGGCCAGGGCGGAAAGACGAAGGAUAUCAAGGUCGAUAACGCCGAUAUUUCUAUUGGGGGAACCAGAAUCUUGACAGACACCACGGUGACCCUUUCAUACGGCCAUCGCUAUGGCCUUGUCGGUCAUAACGGUGUUGGUAAAUCGACACUGCUUCGCGCACUCUCCCGAAGAGAGCUGCCAAUUCCGACUCACAUCUCUAUUCUUCACGUCGAGCAAGAAAUCACUGGCGACGAUACCCCCGCUUUGCAGGCUGUUUUGGAUGCUGAUGUCUGGCGGAAGGUGCUCAUGAAAGAGCAAGCUCAAAUAACGCAAAAACUCGCGGAAAUCGAGACGGAGCGCUCUUCCAUGGCCGAUACCUCGGCGGAUGCUGCCAAGCUGGACCGGGAUCGUGAGGCGCAAGAUCAGAGACUGGGUGACAUCCAGGCGAAACUCGCCGAGAUGGAAUCUGACAAGGCGGAGCCUAGGGCUGCCAGCAUCCUGGCUGGUCUCGGCUUCUCGACGGAGUGGCAACAGCGUCCGACCAAGUCCUUCUCCGGAGGUUGGCGAAUGCGGCUGGCUCUUGCGCGAGCACUGUUUUGCGAACCGGAUCUUUUGCUUCUUGACGAACCUUCAAACAUGCUGGACGUUCCCUCAGUCACAUUCCUUUCGAACUAUCUACAAGGCUACCCCAGCACGGUUCUUGUUGUGUCCCACGACAGAGCCUUCCUAAACGAGGUCGCGACCGAUAUCAUCCAUCAGCAUUCGCAACGUCUAGACUACUACCGGGGUGCCAACUUCGACACCUUCUACGCCACAAGAGAAGAGCGGAAGAAGACGGCGAAGCGCGAGUAUGAAAACCAGAUGGUACAGCGUGCGCAUCUCCAAGCAUUCAUCGACAAGUUCCGUUACAAUGCUGCCAAGUCAUCCGAGGCACAAUCUCGAAUCAAAAAGUUGGAGAAGAUGCCUAUACUGGAGCCGCCAGAGACGGAGUACAGCGUCAAAUUCAGAUUUCCCGAUGUUGAGAAGCUGUCGCCACCGAUUAUCCAGAUGACAGAAGUUUCGUUUGGCUACACAAAGGACUCUAUCCUUCUGUCGAAUGUGGACUUGGACGUACAGCUCGACUCUCGGAUCGGCAUCGUAGGACCUAACGGUGCUGGUAAGACAACCGUCUUGAAGCUCCUAAUUGGUAGGCUCCAGGCCACCAGUGGCCUGAUCUCGCAACACCCUCGUCUUCGCGUCGGAUUCUUUGCGCAACACCACGUCGAUGCCCUUGACCUCAACACGAGCGCAGUCAGCUUCAUGGCCAAGAACUAUCCCGGAAAGACGGAUGAAGAAUAUAGACGCCAGCUAGGUGCUUUUGGCAUUACCGGUACGACCGGUCUGCAAAAGAUGGAGGUUCUCUCGGGAGGUCAGAAGUCCCGCGUUGCGUUCGCAUGCUUGGCUCUGACCAACCCCCACAUCCUCGUGCUUGACGAGCCUUCUAAUCAUCUGGAUAUCGAGGCCAUGGACGCGCUCUCUGAAGCCCUAAAUGAGUUCCAAGGUGGAGUCCUCAUGGUUUCUCACGACGUUACAAUGCUGCAGACGGUCUGUAAGUCACUCUGGGUCUGUGAUAAUGGCCAGGUUGAGAAGUUCCCUGGCGAUGUCCAGCAGUACAAGAAGAGGAUUGCUGCUCAGGCCAAUGCUGCCGGUGUGGUCAAGGCACAUUAGAAGAGUAGACGUUGGAGCCGAAGGUUAGAAGUAUGUAUUGGAUCUAGAAUCCUAGAUUUACAAUGGGAUGCUUCAACUGUGCAGUGAAGUGUGCUUGCAGUGCUUGAAGAGCAGGAUACCCCUGGAGACGUCUCUUUGCCCAGAUAUUGAAGUCCUCAGGAAGAAGGGAAGUUGACGACACUGAGAUGUCCAUCUAUUCGCAAACAAAGUGCGUGAUAAGAGCACUGUGUAAUUGCGCAUCGAAGUAGACUGCCGAUCCCCCUGAAAGCUCUGUGCACGUGAUUAGCUACCCCGCGCUUGAUUGGGGAAAGUGCCCGUGUUCAAAAAGUGGCGGUAGGCAGAGAAGUAAACAAC